GGAUCGCUUGCAUUGGUUGGUUUUUCAGUGAGCCAGAGGUUGUCCGUGUCUGAAAACUUGCUAGAGAUAACUGGGGGGGCACUUGUGGGAAAAGGAAAAGUGCAGACACUUAUCAUUGAAGGUCGUUCUUUAAAAAUAAUAAUAAUAAUAAUACAAAUCUGGGAACAUUAUAUUCCUUCUACGGUUUUCCUUGAAACACGUGGGAUAACGUGCAGGCACACCAGAAGUUGCUUACCUCGCCUGGCUGGAUCGCCGUGACAGAAUUGCAAUAUUGGAAUAACCUCUAUCAGACCCAAAUGGAUUACUGCGAAGGAUUGCAAACCACAAUGGCUGUAUCAACGGAUUGACUGCGAACAGAGUACAUAAUGAGGUGCAGCGUAUAAUCAACAUCAGGGCCUACAGGUGUGUAGUUUGAGACAAGCUUAAAUGGAAGAGGACAUCUGUGUGACUCCUGAGGACAUCGACCUGGAGGAGACCUCAUCGGACCAGAUGUCAUCAUACCAGACCUCAUCAGACCUGGAGGAGAUCUCAUCAACCUCACAGGCAACACAGCAGGCCAGAGAGAGACACCCAGAAACUGCUCCACCACCACCCCUGGCAUCAGGAGCAGCCAACAAGUGCUACAAAUGGACUGCUGUGUGCCUGGGGAUGCUGUGUGUUCUGCUUCUUGGGGUCUUGACAUACCUGGUCAUUUUUGGCUAUCAAGAGUGGGCGGAAAGACAUCGGCAGCUGACCAAUUGCAGCAGAGAGAGAGAUGAGCUAACGGCAUACAUGCGUUGUAAAGAGGGUUUGGAGAAGCCCACAUGUCCCGCUGGAUGGCUUGCGUUUGAGUGUAACUGCCUCAGGAACAGACAGCAGUUUCAAAAUUGGUCAGAAGGCCGGACAUACUGCCAGUCUCUUGGGGCAGACCUGGUGAUCAUCAAGACCCCAGAGAAGCAGGCUUUUAUAAAGAAGUACAUUGGUGGCUGGAUUGGACUGAAGACUGGGCAGAAUGGGAGUUGGACAUGGAUUGAUGACACACCAGUCUCCAGUUUCUCACAAUAUUGGAGUCCUGGUCAGCCUGAUCUACCAGUCACCACUGAUUGUGUGGCUGUGGCUGUCCAUAACUGGCACAAUGACUCAGUCAAUGGCUGGUAUGAUUAUGAUUGCAGCAGUGGCCAAUAUCCCAUCUGUGAGAAGUCAGCUUUCACACUGAAUUAGCAGAUAACUAGCUAAUAGAACUUAGAACCCUUAGAGCUUUUGUCCUGUUAACGCAAUUCAUAUACCACAGUCUCUCAAAGCUUUCUGUGAGACCAGUUAUGUUCAUGUUUAUUUUGUGUUAAAGACCUAUAGAUUUAUCAUAUUCUUUAUUAAUUGUUGGUAAUUUAGCUAUCCAGUCUGUAAGCACAGGUGUAUGCCAUUAUCAUUAGUGUAAUUAACAAAAUGUUGCCUAUGUGUAUACGAAACGACGAUUAGAGUUUAUUGUCAGUUUUCACUGAAAUUCAUUUUGCGUUCCUGAGCAAACAGUCGCUUAAGAUAGGAUAUACACAUAACAUCACAUCAUAAGACUAUUGCAAGACUAUAGUAUAUGUUGAGAUUGUCUUUAUUUUAAAUAGGGCUAGUAUAACAAUGAGACGGUCUAUGUGUUAGUUUGUAGACAUGAGACUAUGCCUGUUAUUCAUUGUUAUUCAUAUGCCUGUUAUUCAUUGUUAAUCCAUAACCCGUCCUGUUGCCUCUCGAUCUGAUUAAAAAUGUGAUUUCA